AUGCAACUGUCUUGGGUCACGCUCCUUGCCUUUGGCACCCUCACACUCGCCACCCCGAUUGCGAAUGGCAACACGGACAUUUCGGAACAGGCAGACGAAUCUUUCCUCACCGCCGACGUUUAUGAGCAGUCUCUCGUAGACAGCAUUUCUGAUGCGGCCGACGUGGAGGACAGCAAGCUGCAAGGCGACGAUGACGAGGACGACGACGGCUUGUUGCCCGGCGACCCGGCUGACGCCAGUGCCGAGCUCGACGGCAAGGGUGGCGGCGGCAAGGGUGCCAGGUCCGGCAAGGGCGGCAAGCCCAAGGCCGGCCGCAAGAACAGAGUGACGUGCAAGGGAGGCAUGUUUCCGAACUUUGAGAAGUGCCACACGCCUCUGUCCUACUGCUCCGACGGGCAUUAUCACCCGUACAAGGACGUCCAGGACACUUGCCACCAGCACUGCUCUUGCGUGGAGAGCGCCGACUAG